AGGCGCCAGGCCACCAUCGGGUACCGCGCGGGGCUGCGGUGCAGCGCCCGCCCUCCCGCCUCCCGGCUGACACUCCCGUCCGCCAACGGCCAGCACCUGCUCCACUGCCUUUCGGGAAUCGGCUUCAAGUGGGGAUUUGGCCCCGAGAAGCCGUCCGCCCAGUCGGCCCGCCGCGGUGACCAGAGAGCUGAUGACCCGCGCGGGGAAGCAGGACCCAGCGAGGCCCAGUGCGGUCCUGAGCCGGUCUCGGGUCCCACCACGCCCUGCUUCCUCGCGGCCAGGUGGUCAGGACCAGAGGCCAGGUGACCCUGAGCUGGUACCAAUCGGCAAGGCCAGGGUGAUGCUGAAUGCCCGUGUUGAAGAAAGGUUCUGCACACACGUGAGCCCGCCUGAUUCUUGCCCCCAAGGGGAGUGGCUCCAGGCGCCCCCAAGCUGCCUGGGCCCGCGCACUAUGCGAGCCUUAUAUUCUGAUGACCGGAGGUUCUGAGAACAGCGUCUCAGGACGCUGUCUCCACCACGCGUGACUCCGUGGGGCCCGGGCAGGGCUUGGCCCGGAGGACACCUCAGUGUUUGCAGUGGGAAUGAUGAAGGAAUUCCCAAGAACCGGCUCCCAAAUAAGGAUGAACCGUGCCCAGGAAGGUGCUUCGCAAUUAGUCCCCACAACAGCCCCUGAGCUGGCGCCACGCCUGCUCCGGCCCCUCCCUCCCCUCCUCCCCCCACCCGCUCCUCUUCCGGCUCUCCUCCAAAUGCUCCUCUUCUCCUACCUUCCCCAGUCUAAGGCAGUGACUGCUGUGGGGAUCAGUGCUGUCACUCUUCCCAUCAACACUGUCCCAUUCUGACCCUCGUUGUUGCCAACCAGGAAGCACUGGGAGGCGACCCGCUCCCAGCUGCCAGCCCCAGGAAAGGUGGGCCCCAGAAAAGGAGUGGAGUCUCCUCAGUACUGGAAACAUUUCCCUUUUAGCAAGCCAGGGGCAAGGAAUUAAUUAUGCAACAGAAAGGAACUGGUUCCAGAGUGCUGCUUGUGAAAACUGCUUUCUGUUGCAAUGUUUUGUGUACGUGUGUGAGUAAUUCUCCUGUGACUUGAUUUAUUCCUGCAACAGGGGUGGAUGGAUGGAUGGAAGGAUGGACUGAAGGAGCAGUAGCAUCCAUCCUGCACCCAUGUGGGGCCAGGCCUAACGCCAGAUGGUUUCACAAUUGUUCUCUCAUUUAGUCCUCACAACACCUCUCAGGUGGGUGUUAACAUCCUAUCUUUACAGAUGAGGGAACCCAGGCUGAGAGAAUUGUUGUAAUUUACCCAGUGGUUGUGGAAUUUAAACCUACUAUCGCUCUGCCCCCCCCACCCCCGCUCCCCUGCUCAGAUGUCCAUCCAGUGCCCAUCUGGGUGCCAUCUGGGGGGAGAGAUGUCCUUUCCUGAGUGUCCCCACACACUUCAAAACUCACACAGCAGGCAGUCUCCUUGCAGGUUUCUUUCCGCUGCUCUGGGAACUCGGGGCCCAGAACUUACAGGGACUUUGGCAGAGCCGGCCUGGCCCCUGUGAUCUCCUUCUCAGUGGUUCUACAAAAGUUAAGAAACCGGGCACAUGUCAAACCUGAGCCCUGGGGUCCAGGCUGACGGAGGGACGGUUUAUCCUGGGCUUGGAUCCUGCUCUUCAUCUGGCCUUUGGUCAGAAGUCAGCCUGUCAGCCUUCGGAACAUCUGCAUACAUUCUAACCUCUUCCUUAUCCACGUCCUGGCUGAGCCAUGGAGGGUCGUUUGUUUGGGGGCUGUGAAUUGUUUCUUCUCCACACACUGAACUCCCAGCCCCUAACCUGUCCCUGGACAGUGUCACUAGUCCCAGGCCCACCAGAGGCCCACCAGGGUGCAGGGACCACCGGCCAGCCAUCAGGGGGCCCUUGAGAGACAUUCAGCCGUGCAGCCAGGGUGGUUGGGCAGCCAGAUGCUGAGAGGAGCUGCUGGAGGUGGGGCAGCUCCUCCACUCCACCCCACCCCCAAGAGGCCCCAAGAGAACCCUCUCUGUCUGUUGCACCAAGCCGGGGUUGGGGUGGAGUUUUAUGAGCACAAGUGUCAGUCUUCCAGAUCCUCUGCAAACACCCUCUGGAAGUGGCCAGGGAAACAGAUGACAAAGGGGCUGGUGUGUGUAUCACAACCAAGGUCAGGCUGCAAGGUCUCCGUGGGUUUUGCUCUUGGUUCAGGCUCCUUCCUCCUCACUCACCAUCGGCACAAGUGGGAGGUGGGGUGGGGGGAGGAGGCACCCCUGGCUGGGGGAACUGAACCGUUUCUGCUGUCUUUUGCCAGCAAAUGUGGGGCGCUCUGAGGAACACACACACAGACAGAUCACAUACACACAUGACACACACGCAGAUACACCCAAACACAGACACGUACAGAAUGUACACAGACACAUAAACACACACACACACACAUGUACACAUAUAGAUGCAUAGAGACAUAUACAGACACACACAGAUACAUACACAAAUACAGACACACACGCAAACAUAUACACACAGAAACAUAAAUGUGAACAUACACAUGAGGCGUUUUGCUUAAGUGAAGGACCAGCUAUUCCAGGAGUCACGAUGCACCAGAGUCACUUUGAGCUCUGGAGCCUCAAGCACCUGGGCUGUCACCUUCAAAUCCCCAGUUUGAGGUCCAUUUUUUCUGUGUCACCUCCAAGCCUCCUGAAUUGCAAAUCCCACCAGAAGGGUGAGUCUGGACUGCAUCACUCAGAGUUCACAGGGCCCCAAGCAAGAGUAAGGCCACCGGCUCAAGCAGGGGCACAGCGUGGAACCCAGAGGUGCUUGAGGGAGACUUUGCCAGUGUUCCCCAUCCAGUCUGUAUAGGUUGGCACAUGGGUGUAGACACCAGGCUGGUAUGGCCCAACGCAGCCUGAUUCCCAGCUUACAGUCCCAACCGGGAUCCAAGCAUCAUAGAUGGAACAGAGCAGUGGCCCCCCCAGUCACCCCAGGGACAGGGAGGGCAGGAGCCGAGCAUGAGGCCUUCCAGAGCCCAUGGGCCUGCGCACCCUCUGCUGAGGUCACAGGGGCUGGGCAAGGAUGCUGCUCCCUGUGGAUGCUGGGGUGUGGGGGUGGGGACCGAGUGGGGACACGAAGAACCUGGAGGGUGGAUGGAAGCCACCGUCACCUCGCAGGAGUCUUUUUUCCCAUCACAAAGAGGCACGGAACAUGUCAUACUGGAUGAGGCCCUUCCUGGGGAGGCUGGGCUAUCCUAGGUGCUCACCUGCUAGUACGUCUCCCAAACCCAGAUGGGCCCAGCCACCGCCGGGAGGACCCACGCUAGGACUGGAUCUCCUGCGCCUCUGCCCACCCAGCUCCUCCCGCCUCCCAGAACCAGGAGGCAGGGGCUGGGGCAGUAAGUUCAAGCCCCAGGCAUCUGCCUGGGAACUGAGGGCCCUACUAAUCUCACAGCCUCUCAGCCUCAACUGCACUGGCUCCGCCACGGGCAGAAUCCAGGACACUGGCCCAAGGCCCCCAAGUCCUAUGCAGGUCCCUGUGGUGAGAGGGCUCAGGGAGUCUAACUGCACCAGGAAUCUGUCCCCUGGGCCACCCCUGCCCAUGGUCGAGGGUGGACAAGGAGACUGUUCACAGACACGGAGGUCAAGUUGGGAUGGGAAAGGGAGGGAGCGACCCACCUGCCUCAACACAGUAGAGCUGGGAUCCGAACACCCAGGAGGCGCUGAUGAUCCCACAUGCCAGCUUCCGGGGAUGAUGGCGCUGGGAGUGUCCCCACUAUGUCAGCACCAGGGUCUGUGUCCCCCAGGUGGGCCUCGGCCGCCCCUGCCCUCCAGGAGACUCUGCAAGACCAGCAGGGAAGUAGCAGUGUGGGAUGCCCUCCAUGGAGCCCCGAGCUCUGGGCGAGCCCGCCGCCCAGCAGGGCUGAGGGGCCGCCCUCACUCGUGCUGCAAUGGCAGCAACAACCACUACCACAACCCAGUGACAGUGGAGACAGCACCCACAGUGACCACAGCAAAAGCAGCAGCAGCAGCAGUAACAAAAACGACACACAACCACGACCGUUUUCUGGACACUGACUGUAUCAUGCUGGAUAAGGUAAAGGUCUCACCUUUCAUAAGCUCAGAAUAUUUCCUGGGAAAGAUAAAUGAGUAAAUAGACAGUAAUAAGAGAACAUGACAAAUGCAGGGACAGAGGUUUACCUUCUGGUUAUGUGUGUCAGGGAGGGGAUGAUAAACAAGGAACAAAUGAAAUAAAUUGUAUAUAUUAAAUAGUAAUAAAUGUGCUGGAAAAAGAGAAAGCAAGGAAAGGAGCAAGAGUGGAGGGAAGGAACAUUGUAAACAAGAUGAUGACAUGGUGACAUCUGAGUAGAGAUUUGUAGGAAGGGAGGGAGUGGCCAUGCAGUCCUGCAGGGGAAGAGGAAACCCUAGGUGCAAAGGCCCUGAGGCAGGAGCAUGCCUGCUGUGUUCCCAAACACAGCUGGGAAGCCAGAGAGGCUGGAGCCCCACAAACAAGGAGGAGAGAGAUGAGAAGGGAGGCUGGAAAGAUGACAUCAUUUACUCUGAGUAGGGUUUGGAAUAGAAUGACAGGAUCUGACUUAGGUUUUAAGAGAACCACUCUGGCUGCUGUGCUGAGAACAGCCUGGUGGGAACAACAGCCGAAGCAGUGGGACCAGUUAGGAGGCCAUGACAGAAAUCUGGGAUAAAGAGGAAAGUCGCUUGGGAUGGCAUGGGAAAGAAGUGGCCAGAUCUGGACGUAUUUUGGAGAUAGGAUAGAACUCACAGGAUGUGCUGAUGGCUUGAACUUAGAGAAUGAGAGGAAGAGAGGCGUAAGGAAGAUGCCACAGUUUUGUGUUGUUGGGGUUUUUAAAAUCAGUUUUAUGGAGGUAUAGUUUACACAGAGUAAAUUUCACCAUUUUUAAUAAAUUAUAGUCCUAUGAGUUUUGAUAAAUGCAUCCAGUUAUGUAACCAUUACCACAAUCAAGAUGUAAAGCCAGUUCCAUCACUAUUAAAAAAUCCCCCUAUGCCCCUUUGGGGGCAAUCCUUUCCCCACCCCAGCCCCUAGCAACCACCCAUCUGCUCUCUGUCCCUAUAGAUUUGCCUUUUCAACAGUGUCAUAUAAAUGGAAUCAUGGUGUGGAGCCUUUGGAGUUCAGCUUUCUCCCCUCGGCAUCAUGUGCUUAAGGUUCACCAUGUUGUGGGGCUUCCCUGGUGGCGCAGUGGUUAAGAAUCUGCCUGCCAGUGCAGGGGACACAGGUUCAAUCCCUGGUCUGGGAAGAUCCUACAUGCC